AUGGAAAAUAAUGAAUAAGAAGACCUUAUUUAACUCAAAAAAAAUGUAAUCUUAUUGUUCCUAUAUUGUAGUUUACUUUAAAAGAGAAUGAAUGGAAAAAAGACAAAGCUUUGUAUGAACAAAAAAUACAAUUAUUAGAAUUGUAAUUAGAGGAUUAUAAAACAAGAGAAAUGAAUUAAAAGAAAUUAAAUGAUACUAUAACUUAAGCUAUUGAUAUUUCAGGAAAAACAUAAGUAUUAUUCAAAUUCUAUCUUAUAAAGCAAAAAAGUUAUACAGAAUUUCAAAAAUCUAUUGAAGUUUAGAUGGCCAAUAGUAAGAAACAUUAAGAUAGCAUAUCAAAAUUGGAAGAAAAAGUAAAAUAAAAUUAUAUCUUUUAGCUUAGAUGUUUGAAUGAAUAAUUAAAUGAAAAAGAAAUAUAAAUUAAAGAUCUUGAACUUUAGUAAUAAAAAUAAUAGAUUACUUAUGAUCACAAAAUUUAAAGCUUAGAAUCAGAUAAAUAGUAUUUAAAUUAAGAAAUUUUGAAGUUCAAAGAUUAAAUAUAAAAAAUAGAGGAAAAUUUUAAAUCUAAGGAACAAGUAUAAAAAUUAUAGUUUGAGCAAGAAAUUCAAAAAAUUAAGGAUAAUUUUUUUAAAGAUAUGCAAGAAAAAUAAUCAGAUUAUGAUCAAAGAUAUUAAUAAUUAGCAUAAUUAUAUGAAAAAGAAAAAGAACAAUUAUAAUAAAGAUUGAUUCGAAGUCAAAAUACAAUUAAAAAAUAUUAAACACAUAUUGAAUAAAAUUAAGAAGUUCAAUAAUUAUAAUAGAAAUACGAUGAAUAAAUAGUAGCUUUAAAAUAAGAAAUGCAUGAAUAGUAAGUUUAAUUCCAAUAUGAAAAAAAAAUGUUAAAUAAAUAAAUUGAUGAGUAAAGAAUGUAAAUUUAAAUUUUAAUCGAUAUUCUAGAAACACCAAUAAUUAUGACAGUACUUCUAAAAAAAAGAGUGCCGAUAUGAUUAAAAUUAGAAAUUCUAUAGUCUCUUAAGAAAGUCCAGUUUAGUGCAAGAGUUUUCAUAUAUCUUAACCUGAUUUGAAAUAGGUUUUCUAAUAACCAAGGAAUUCAAUAACAUCUAUUUAAAAAUAAUCAUUGUAACCUUCAAAAAAUAAUUAAUCAUUUGAAAAAAUCAAGGCUAAUAAUCAUGAUACCCUUCCAAUGCCAAUUGAGGAUUUUAAUUAAAUGAUGAGUAAAAAAGCUAAAUCUUAAUCUACCAAUUCUCUUCCUUCAAACAAUUUAAAUCUUAAUUCUUAUCUCUAAGAUGCAAGUAUAAUGAAAGAAGAAAUCGAAACUGGAGAUGAAUAUAUUAGAUUUAGGAUAUCUAAUUAAUAAACAACCCGAUUUAAUAACGAAGUUGACUAAAGAAGAUCAUAUUCCUAAUAAGGAAAUAAAGCUCAUAGUAUAACUUCAACCACAAAUCUAAGUAAAAUGUUAGGGUAGACUGAUCAAAGUUAUUAAAAUUAAACUACUUCGUUAUCUACUUAAUAAAAAACCAAUAAUACUUCAUUUUCGCACUUUAAAGUUCCAUCCUUUACAUAAGUUUAGUUAAACAAUCUUAAAUAUAGUUUAUAUUAAUAAUAACCAUAAACAACUUUGAGAAUGAAUGAUAAUCAUAUCAAUUAUAUAUAGCAAAUUAAGGCUCGCUAUAUUAAUUAAGAUGAAACUAAUCAAAAUGAUUCUACUUCAUUCAAAUAUGUAAAUAUAAUUGGUAUUAUAGAAUAAAGAGAAUUAAUAGCCUUCAAAAAGUGUCCAUAUUAAUAAUGAAAUUAAAUUUUUGAUUGGUAAACUUCUUCAAGCAAAAGGAAAAUUAACUACUGAACUAGAAAAUACUUAGAAAUCUUGUAGAUUUAAGACUUGA